GCUUAAAUAUAGAACUUCUUAUUCAUUCCGGCCGUCAUGGAAAAAACACUCCCCAACUAUGUCAUCAUCCAAUCAAACGAUAACAAUAGAUAUGCGCGCCUCGACAGCGAGAAUCAAUUAUUACCUAAUGCUCUCCGGUUUGAGGGAGAGUAUAGUUUCGGGCUCGAAACCAGAUUCGAGGUAGUCCCUGCUACCACCACUUCAACUGGAUUCGUCCAUAUCCGAUGUUUGCAGAACAACAAGUACUGGUCAAAUUCCGGUUACUGGGUCACUGCUACGGCCGUCAAACCUGAAGAGAAUAUGUCCAACAAACAUUGCACCCUCUUUCAGCCUGUUUUCUUGAAACUCAACAACAACGACCACCACGUCGUCAGGCUCCGGCAUGCAAAUACCGGCAAUUUCGUUAGGAGACAUAAUGAUAACAAUGAUUAUAACGGUUGCUUGACUUUACGGCCUAAACUACAUCCAGAAGAUAACACCGAUGUGUGUACCUUCAUCGACUGGGAAUCUGUCGUUAUGUUGCCCGACGUUAUCAGGAUCAAGGGAGACAAUGGAAACCACCUGAAGGCCAAUGCCGAUGGGUUUAUGGACUUCCUAAGCAAAGCCGACGAUUCCUCCAAGUAUGAUUAUGAGGUGUCUCCGAGUCGCGAUGGAGGCAUACGCCUCAAGAGUACUCAUUUUGGAACCUACUGGACGGAUAUGGAUCCUGUUUGUUUUGUAUGGUUACAGAAGGCUGACCCGGAAGAGCUUGAUACAAAAUCCAUCUUUUUACCCGUAAAAGUUGAUGGAAACCGCAUCCUCAUGCGGAGUUUCAAGGACGGGAAUUUCUGCAAGAGAUACGAUGGAAACAAGUGGAGAGAUGGUUAUUCUAACCAGAGCUGCCUCGCUACGAUUUUUAACUAUCGUGAGCAGCCGUGCUACAUGGAGAUUGAGGAAUCUGUUUUAACAAGGACGAUAUCUAAUGUCAGAUAUCAACUUGCUGAUGCAAGGCUCUACAACGAGAGAACUCUUGCGCUUAUCACCGAUGAUUCAAGAAACAGAACUCAGCAUCCCCAGACGUCACAAAUAAAUCUUAAGACGACGGUUACCAACACAACAAAUUGGAGUAAGAGUGUCUCGUUCAAAGAGGGUGUCAAGAUUACGGGUACCUUUGGUGUUCCAAACAUAAAAACUGGUUCCCUUGAGAUUUCCAGUGUGUUUACACAAUCUAGGGAUUGGGGGGAAACGGAGACAGAAAGCAUUGAAGUGGGAUCUGUGCGAACUGUGACUGUGCCACCUAUGAGUAGAGUGAAGACAAGUUUAAUAGCAACACGGUGUUCGUACGACAUACCCUUCUCGUACACUCAGCGUGACGUUCUGAUGAAUGGGAAUACAAAAGUUUCUAGAAAGAAAGAUGGCCUUUUUAGUGGGGAGAGUGGGUACAACUACAACUACGAGAUUGUUGAGCUUCCUCUCUAGUUAGAGCUCGCAUGCACCUGAUCAGUUUGCUUGUUUGGUUUUUCUUGGUUGGUGUGGUGUGUUUAUUUUUCUGUUCGCAACACGAUGCCUCUUGUUUAUAAUUUUGAAAGUUGAUGAAAAAUAUUUGUCGACAAAUAAUCACUACCCAUUCAGAAAAGCAGAUAUGAAACCUGAGUGCAUGUCAAGCGCCAUCGCUAAGAGCAAAUAUUACUGUAUGAUGGAAUCGGUCCAAGCUAUAUUCAGAAUGUCAAGCACAUAUGAGGGUCCGUUUGUUUUAUGGAAUAGCACGGCCAUUUGAUUUGGUUUUCACUUUACGUGCCUAGAUGCACGAUCACUUGACUGGGUCUUUAUUUCACGUUAAAGUUGCCUCGGUCC